GGAACAGAGUCGUCCUAACCACACUCACUGCAUGGCUACUAUGGUACACAGGCUACUGUCGUGUGUGUAUGUGUGUGCACGCCUUACAGCAUUAUACUGCACGUCAGCUGCCGCGCGCUUGAGACCCCGAGACGACGCUGCUAUUUGUCGGUGUUCUGCAGCUACUCUUUCCAUGCAGAAGGUUACACGGAACGACCUUUUGAGGGCUCUCAUAGGAUUAAUCACUGCUUGGAUCCGAGAUGUUUGAGCCAGAAAAGGAUACUGUAUUAUGCACCUCGUGAGGUGACAAGAGCUCACAGUCCGGAAAACUUGAAAAGUGGAAAGCAAUGCCAAACAAAACAGUAAAGCAAAAGCAGGCUACCGCCAUAUAUACCAAUAGCAAUGAAGCAAA